UUAUUCGUCUCUCCAGUUUUGUGGCCAUCAUCAAUCAGGUUUGCUGGGUCAGAGCGUGCGGAUGACUUUCGUGUUCGACGCCAGCGCGUCCACAAUCGACUUCGCACGCUUCGACGCCAACGCCAAGGACAACGAAGAUGCCUCGCAAACCAACCAGAACAACGUGCUUUCCAACUCAUGGGGACACCAGGACGACGGUCGGUGCUCACCAGAAGGCAUCAACCAAAGCGCAGUGUUCACUGCUGAAGGCAAUUCCUUAUUCAGUCGCCGACGAGGUGACAACAUUGCCCUGGCCCACUUCAACAAGAUUACAGUACAUAACAUUUUUCCGGGUGCAGGAGAAAAUCCCGUGGGAGAAAAAAUCCCGCGGCCCGAAAAUCCCGUGAGGCCGAAAAUCCCGUUGGCCCAAAAAUCUCGCGGGGUCCAAAAAUCCCGCAGUCGGUCUGAUAGAACUGCGUACUGUACCUUUUCCGCCGACGUCGACGACGAGCCCUGA